AAUGAUAAUAUUGCCGGUUUAUCCGAAUGAUGCCGCGCAAUAGUUGAUUUUGUAGAAAGUAAACUAAACAUUUAUAUUUGUUUGUAAACAUAAACAUAAAAAGUUAAUCUAGUUUUAUAAAUUAAGAAUAAAAAUAAAUAAAUAAUAUUGAAUUUAAUUAUAUCAUGGCUGACGAGACAGAACAGGUACCAGCGAUAAAUGUUAAAGAACCCUUAGAUCUUAUAAGAUUGAGUCUUGAUGAAAGAAUAUACGUUAAAAUGAGAAACGAGAGAGAAUUAAGGGGACGAUUACAUGCUUACGACCAACAUUUGAAUAUGGUGUUGGGUGAAGCAGAGGAAACCGUAACCACAGUAGAAAUUGAUGAAGAAACAUACGAGGAAGUGUAUCGUACUACUAAAAGGAAUAUUUCUAUGCUUUUUGUACGUGGCGACGGUGUGAUUUUGGUUUCACCACCGAGCAUGAGAGCACCGAUAUAAAAAAUUUCUAUUUACAUUACAAUCUGUCUAAAAAUUAAGAAACAUAUAAGUAAUAUAUAAUAUUACGUCGAUACAAUUUUAUCAACUUUUGUAACGAGCAUUUAACAAGUGUGUCGACAAAAAUCUAACGACAAACCAACAUAGAUUUAAUUAUAGAUGAGAAGAAUCUGUAACGAUAGGAAUAUAAAAAAUUGUAAUCCAAAUAUGGAAAAAAGAAAACAAAUCAAGAUGUGGUACACUAUGUUAAAAUGAUAUAUUAAUUAAAAGUUUAUAAAUAAUUAUAA